CAAAGACCCGCGGACACCUGAUCAUCGAGAAAACCCUACUAAACUAAGUUUAUAUCUUGUAUCCCUUACUUCAGUUUGCUUUAGCUGCCGCAACAUCUCGCCAUCUCGAGCUCCUCUGCUUCUUCUUCAUCUUACCUUGCUUAAAGGAACUGCUAAAUCUCAGAGAUGGGUCGUGUUCGCACCAAGACUGUGAAGAAGUCCUCUCGCCAGGUGAUUGAGAGGUACUACUCUCGAAUGACCUUGGACUUCCACACCAACAAGAAGAUCUUGGAGGAGGUUGCCAUCAUCCCUUCAAAGAGGCUACGUAACAAGAUUGCUGGUUUCUCCACCCAUCUGAUGAAGAGGAUUCAGAAGGGUCCAGUUCGUGGCAUCUCGUUGAAACUGCAAGAAGAAGAGCGUGAGCGAAGAAUGGACUUUGUCCCUGAUGAGUCAGCCAUUAAGACCGAUGAAAUCAAGGUUGACAAAGAAACACUGGAGAUGCUUGCUGCUCUUGGCAUGUCAGACAUGUCUGGGCUUGUUGAAGUUGAGCCACAAGCUAUGAUUCCUCCACCAGUCUUUGGUAGGGGUGCUGGAGCACCUGGCAGGAGAUUCUAAGGUAAUUGAGGUUAUGUGGGCCAUUGAAGAAUGAGGAUUUUAGUUGUUUGUUUAAUUUUCGCUUCCUAUGUUAUGGAAGAUUUCAUGACUAGUUUUAUUCGUGGUUUAAUUUGGUAAUGACACUUUAGUUGAUCUGUUUGGAUUUUCCGGGUUAUAUUAUAUUUAUUACAUUUUUGCCA